UGCACAGUUGCACGAUUUCAUUUCAUUUCGAUUCGAUGGCUUCCUUUCUUGUUUGCAUUUUGGUGUAGCAUUAUUUCAAAGGCUGCAUUAAACUCAAAAACGCAAGUAUUUAUUGCAGAUUCAAAAGGUUUCAUCAACUUUUAAUAUGAAUAUCUCGAUUGAAAAGAAGAGAUCCGAAUGUCCAGCUCUACCAAAGGGUUGGCAAAGAGAAGAAGUUUUAAGAAAAUCAGGUCUUUCUGCUGGAAAAGUCGAUGUUUAUUAUUAUAGUCCCACAGGUAAAAAGUUUCGCAGUAAACCGGAGCUAGUGCGUUAUCUCGGUGAUAGCACGGAUCUGUCAUGUUUCGACUUUCAGCAGGGGCAAGUUAACACUAUGCUCCUGUGCAAAGCCAAGAAAGCUCGAGCUCAAUUUGACUACAGGGGUGUACGUUCGGAUGCCUCACUGGUGCCGCCCAUUCGUCAAACGGCUUCCAUAUUUAAGCAGCCAGUCACUGUGUACAAGACACAGGAAAGCAAAGUGAAGACCGACCUCAAACAUGGGACUCAGGAGAAACCAAAACAACUGUUUUGGGAGAAGAGGCUUGAGGGCCUGACAGCAUGCGACGCGUACGGCGUGAUCGGCACGACCACUCUGCCGAAGUACGUGAAGCCCCUCGGCCCCUACAUCUCCGACUCCACCACAAUCCAGUCACUGGCCACGGCUUUGCAUGUCUCACAGCAACCAAUCACAGGUCAAACCGGCUCCAAGACGUCCAUCCUCGAGAACCCGGGCGUCUUCCUGAACCCUGAGCAGCCGCUGAUCGCGUCGGUGUCCAUCAGCAAGGAGGACGUGCGGCGCCAGGAGGAGCGAGUGAAGCGAGCGCGCGCGCGCCUGCAGGACGCGCUGGCGGCCGCCUAGGGGCACGCCGGGGCCGCCCCCGCGCCGCCCCCCGAGCCCACCUCCACCACCACCGACGACCUGCUGCCCCACUCCCCGCCCGCCGCGCCGCCGCCGCCCCAGCCAGAACCAGACGAUGCGGAUGCGGACUCUAUGGUCACAUCCACCGAACCUAACUUGGAGGACGAAGUGCCGAGCACUAGUGAAGCUAGGGAUGAGGAAAUAGUUUCGUCUAUGAUUGAAUGACAAGUUUAUUAAGAUUUAAAAUUGCAUUUUUUAUCGUGUUCAGCCGAAUUCACACCGAACGAUGCAAAGCUCGCGGCAUGGAGCAUUUACAAAUGACGGUCAAAUGAAUGAGAUGAUAACACACUUUCGUCUGCUGUGGUGGAUCCGGCUAAAAUAUGUUCGUAAUUUGCGUGGAGUAUUGGAUAAAUAAAAUGUAGAUUUUUGGUGAUUUUUAUAAAGUACCUAGCUGUAAGUUCUUGAUAAUUUCAAAAUGUAAUAAGGUUCUGAAAUGUAAGUGCAGAAUUCUUAGCACAUUUCUAAAUAUAGUGUGUGUAUGUGGAUUAAAAUAAAACUUUUACUUACUAUA